AUGAGCAGGAACUCGCCCCCCGCGGCCAAAGGAAAUGAGAGCAAGAGGUUCAAAGGGGACAGCAGGGGCAGCCAGGGCCCCUCCAGAGUGAUCCACAUCCACAGGCUGCCAAGCAGUGUCACCGAAAGAGAGAUUCUCUGUCUCGCGCUGCCUUUUGGGAAGGUCUCCAACCUACUGUUCCUGAAGGCGAAGAACCAGGCCUUCGUGGAGAUGAGCACAGAGGAGUCCGCCAACACCAUGGUCAACUACUACACCUGGAUGACCCCUGUGCUGCGGGGGCAGCCCGUUCACAUCCAGUUCUCCCACUACAAGGAGCUCAAGGUGAGCAGCUCUCCCAGCCAGGCGGCUGCCCUGGGUCAGGCGGGUGCCCUUAGCAUUGAGGCUGCCUCCAGCCAGGUGGCUGUCCCUGGCGGCCAGGCUGCUGCCUCUGGCCAGGCUGCUGCCCCCAGCCUGGUGGCUGCCCAGCCAUGCCUGCCAGCCGAGGACUCCUACCGGGCUUGGGAUGUGGCCUCGGCCAGCCCUGCCUCUGCUGAGGACACAGGGUUAGAGGUGGCCAGGCAGGGCCCUGUGCUCAGGAUCCUUGUGGACAACUACUUCUAUCGCGUGACCUUGGAAGUGCUGCACCAGCUCUUCUCCAGGUUUGGCACCGUUCUGAAAAUCAUCAUGUAUACCAAGAGCAACCGGUUCCAGGCGCUGUUGCAGUAUGCUCAAGCUGCGAGUGCCGAGCGUGCCAAGCUCUUCUUGGAUGGGCAGAACAUCUAUGACGCCUGCUGCACACUGCGCAUUUCCUUCUCUGGGCUCACCAACCUCAUAGUCAAGUACAACAACGACCAGAGCCGUGACUACACGCGCCCAGACCUGCCCUCAGAUGAAAGUCAGCCCUCGCCGGUCCAGGUCCAGAACAUGGCCGCAGCCUUCCCUGCACCUGUCAUGACCUCAGCUUCUCCCUAUGCCAGCCCCGCAUUACCUCACACCUUUGCAAUGCCUCAAGCCGCAGGCUUGGCCAUGCCAGAAGUGUUUAAGGCCUUGGCCCCCCAAGAAUUAUCAGAAGUCUUGCAGGCCCUGGGCCCCCAAGCCAUACCCGAAGUGGCUGUGGAAUCAUCCUUCUCAUCAACAGCAGCAGCAGCAGCAGCAGCAGCAGCAGCAGCAGCAGCACCUGUGGCAGAGAGCUCAAUGGUCACCUCAGGCUCUCCGGGUGUGGGGAACCCUGUCCUCCUGGUUGCCAACCUCAACCCUGAGAAAGUCACACCCCAAAGCCUCUUCAUUCUCUUUGGUGCCUAUGGCGAUGUGCACCGAGUGAAGAUCUUGUUCAACAGGAAGGAGAACGCACUAGUGCAGAUGGCAGAUGGCAGUCAGGCUGAGCUGGCCUUGAGGAACCUGAAUGGACACAAGCUGUAUGGGAGGUCUCUCUGCAUCCUGGUGUCGAAGCACCAGAGCGUGAAGCUGCCCCGGGAAGGCAAGGAGGACCAGAGCCUCACCAAGGACUAUGUCAACUCCCCGCUGCACCGCUUUAAGAAGCCCGGAUCCAAGAACUUCCAGAACAUCUUUCCGCCCUCGGCCACCCUGCACCUCUCCAACCUACCCUCCUCUGCAUCUGAGGAAGAGCUCAAGAGCCUCUUCUCCAGCAAAGGGGGUGUUGUCAAGGCCUUCAAGUUCUUCCCCAAGAACCACAAGAUGGCGCUCAUCCGGAUGGGCUCAGUAGAGGAGGCCAUCCAGGCCCUUGUAGACCUGCAUGGUCACCUCCUGGGCCAGAACCAUCACAUGCGAGUCUCCUUCUCCAGGAUCACUGUCUAG